CGGUGGGCCGGUGAGGAUGCCAGAGCAGGAGCGUUCUCUCCAGAUGUCCCUCGUUUCUCCUCCUCUGUGAAUAAAGAAGCCGCUUGGUGCUGCCAUGCUGCGGGUGGUGGUGGAGUCAGCCAAGGCUCUGCCCAAAAAGAGAGUUGGAAGUCCUGAUCCUAUUGUCUCUGUGAUUUUCAAAGAUGAAAAGAAGAAAACGAAAUCGGUGGACAGUGACGUGAAUCCUGUGUGGAAUGAGGUGCUUGAGUUCGAUCUGAAAGGUGUCGCUCUGGACUCCGGCUCCUACAUCGAUGUGAUUGUGAAGGACUAUGAGACCAUUGGGAAAGACAAGUUCUUGGGUUCUGCCAAGAUCUCCUUGCGAGACCUGGCCUCGGGUCAAGCAAGGUCGCUGCCGUCCAAAAACCUUCCUCUGGCCGAUGAGAGUGGGCAGAGCAUCGGAGCUACGAUCGACAUCGUGAUUGGCUAUGACCCUCCGGCCGGCGCUGCCCGAGGCCCCGGCGACCCUCAGGCCGGAGACUCCACGGGGGACGCUGGAGGUGCAGGCGGUGAGGAAGAAGGAGAAACCGUCCAGGACGGGGGUCAAGCCGAGGCUCCGGGGGCCCCCGCCUCUGGCGUUCAGGGCAGCAGCCUUCGCCAAAAACUGGCCAGGGCACGAAAUCGCCACCGACUUGUGAACAAACCUCAAGAUUUCCAGAUCCGUGUCCGGAUCAUCGAGGCUCGCCAGCUGUCUGGGAACAACAUCAAGCCCGUGGUGAAGGUGAACGUGUGCGGACAGACGCACCGCACCAGGAUCCGGAGGGGAAACAACCCGUUCUUUGACGAGCUGUUCUUCUACAACGUCCACAUGCUGCCCUCGGAUCUGUUCGACCAGAACAUCAGCUUCCGAGUUUAUGAUUCCUACUCUCUCCGAGCCGACAGUCUGAUGGGGGAAUUCAAGCUGGAUGUGGGUUAUGUCUAUGAUGAACCCGCCCACUCCGUCAUGAGGAAGUGGCUCCUGCUGAACGACCCGGACGACUCCAGCUCCGGAGCCAAAGGCUACCUGAAAGUCAGCCUGUUCGUGGUGGGGGCGGGGGACGAGCCUCCGGUGGAGAGGAGGGAGAGUAACGACGACCAGGACGACAUCGAGAGCAACCUGCUGCUGCCGGCGGGCGUGACGCUGCGAUGGGCCACGCUGAUGCUGAAGGUCUUCAGAGCGGAGGACGUCCCCCAGAUGGACGAUGCUUUUGUCCAGACCCUGAAAGGGAUUUUCGGAGGUGAUGAAAACAAGAAAAACCUGGUGGAUCCCUUUCUAGAGGCCCGAUUUGCUGGCAUAAAGUUGCGAACUGAGACCAUUGAGAAGAACGCAAACCCAGAGUGGAACCAAGUACUGAACCUGCAGGUCAAGUUUCCCUCCAUGUGUGAGCGAGUUAAACUGACCGUCUUCGACUGGGAUCGUAUGACAGGAAAUGAUGCUAUUGGCACCACAUACCUGAACCUUGCCAAGAUAGCCUCCUCUGGUGGGGAGAUAGAAGAGGAACAUGCAGAAAAUGGGGAAAUGCCGUCCUAUGAAGCUGCCUCGGGGUCCUCUGAGGUGGGUUUCCUGCCCGUGUUCGGACCCUGCUACGUCAACCUGUACGGCAGCCCCAGAGAGUUCACCGGCCUGCCCGAUCCCUACGAGGAUCUCAACUACGGCAAGGGGGAAGGAGUGGCCUACAGGGGCCGGGUUCUGGUGGAGCUGUCCACCAAGCUGGAGGAGAAGGCAGAGAAGGCCGUGGACAGCAUCCACAGCGACGACAUCCUGGUCACUCAGAAGUACCAGAGGAGGAGGAAAUACUGCCUGUGCGCAGUCUUCCACAGCGCCACCAUGAUCCAGGAGCCGGGCGAACCCAUCCAGUUCGAGGUCAGCAUCGGUAACUACGGCAACAAGCUGGACACCACCUGCAAGCCCCUGGCCUCCACCACCCAGUACAGCUGCGCCGUGUUUGACGGCAAUCACUACUACUACCUGCCCUGGGCCGACACCAAGCCCGUGGUCGUUCUUACCUCAUACUGGGAAGACAUCAGCCACCGCCUGGACUCUGUCAACAUCCUCCUCUGCAUUACUCAUCACCUGCAAUCUAACCUGGAGACUUUCAAAACGGCCAUUUUGGCCAAAGUUCCCGACAACCAGCUGGUAGAGGUGUGGCUCAAGAUGCUCGAUCAGCUGAUUGAAGAUCUAGAAAGCCUCCCCAUGCCUGAGCUGGAGGGUCGCUCCAACCUGACCUCUCUGGACAUCCAGCUGAAGAAGCUGCGAGACAGCGCUCUGGCCAGAAUCAGGGACGGAGCGCGGCGCAUGAGGGAGGAGGCGGCGGAGAUAAAGGACACGCUGCCCGACUUGGAGCUGUGGCUGGACAAGCUUCAGCAGCUGGCUGAGGAGCCCCAGAACAGCAUGCCCGACGUGAUCAUCUGGAUGCUGCGGGGGGAGAAGAGGGUGGCCUACAGUCGCAUUCCGGCCCACCAGGUCCUCUACUCCACCUACAGCGAGCAGGCCUGCGGACGCCACUGCGGAAAGACGCAGACUGUGUUCCUGAAGUACCCCAUGGACAAGACCAAGGGCCUGAAGGUGCCGGUUCAGAUUCGGGUCAACAUGUGGCUGGGUCUGUCUGCGCACGAGAAGAAGUUCAACUCCUUCUCUGAAGGGACCUUCAGCGUGUUUGCCGAGAUGUAUGAGAACCAGGCCCAGGUGUUCGGGAAGUGGGGGACCACGGGGCUGGUGGGCCGCCACAAGUUCUCCGACGUGACGGGCAAGCUGAAGCUGAAGCAGCAGUACUUCAUGCCGCCCAGAGGCUGGGAGUGGGAGGACGAGUGGUUCAUCGACCCGGAGAGGGCCCUGCUGACCGAGGCGGACGCGGGACACACUGAGUUCAUGGACGAGGUCUUCCAGAACGAGACUCGCUUCCCCGGGGGAGAGUGGAAGGCCGCCUCCGAGCCCUUCACCGACGUGAAUGGGGAGAAGAGCCGAAACCCUGCAGAGUUCGACUGUCCUCCGGGCUGGGUGUGGGAGGACGAAUGGACUGUGGACGACAACCGAGCCGUGGACGACCAAGGCUGGGAGUACGGAGUGACCAUCCCCCCUGACGAUAAGCCCCGGUCCUGGGUUCCAGCGGAGAAGGUGUACCACGUCCACCGCAGGAGGCGGCUGGUUCGGCCCCGCAGGAGAGCGGCGCUGCCUGCAGGAGGCGCUAUGGAGAGACGGGAGCAAGGCGACCCCGAAGGCUGGGAGUUCUCCUCCCUGAUCGGCUGGAAGUUUCACAGAAAGGAGCGUUCGUCCGACACGUUCCGCCGCAGACGCUGGAGGAGAAAGAUGGCGCCCGAGGACCGCCUGGGGGCGUCUGCCAUCUUCAAGCUGGAGGGGGCGCUGCAGGGAGUCGAUACGGACGACAAAGAGAAGAGCGGCAAAGCUGCCGCCACCAAGAUGUUCGGCGCCAACACGCCCACCGUGUCCUGCUCCUUCGACAGAUCGUACAUGUACCACCUCCGUGUUUACGUCUAUCAGGCCCAGAGCCUGACAUCGAUGGACAAAGACAGCUUUUCUGAUCCAUAUGCACACGUCUCCUUCCUGCAUGUCAGCAAGACGACGGAGAAGCUCCGGGCGACGCUGAACCCCACCUGGGACCAGACUCUGAUUUUCAACGACAUCCAGAUCUACGGAGACCCUCAGAGCGUCGCCGAACAGCCGCCGGAUGUUGUUCUGGAGUUCUACGACCACGACCAAGUGGGGAAGGAUGAGCUGCUGGGGCGCAGCGUCUGCGUCCCGAUGGUGAAGCUGAACCCCGGCAUGGACGGCUCGCCCAAGCUGCUCUGGCACCCCGUCAUCCAGAGGGGCCAGCAGGCCGGAGAGGCCCUGGUGGCCGCCGAACUCAUCCUGAAAGACAAGGCGGAGGCGGAGCUGCCGCUGGUUCCCCCCAAGAGAGCGGAGAACCUGUACAUGGUUCCUCAGGGAAUCCGGCCCGUGGUGCAGCUCACCGCCGUGGAGAUCCUGGCGUGGGGGCUGAGGAACAUGAGGUCGUACCAGCUGGCCUCGGUGUCUUCCCCCAGCCUGGUGGUGGAGUGCGGCGGCCAGAGGGUGGAGUCCGCCGUCAUCAAAAACAUGAAGAAAAGCCCCAACUUCCCCAGUUCCGUGCUCUUCAUCAGAGUGCUUCUUCCCAAAGAGGAGAUGUACACCCCGCCCAUCGUGCUGAAGGUGAUCGACCACCGUCCGUUCGGCAGGAAGCCGGUGGUGGGCCAGUGCACCAUCACGUCUCUGGAGGCGUUCCGGUGCGACCCGUAUGUCAUCACGGCAGAGGGAGCCAUGGCCUCCAAGAUGGCGCUGAUGAUGGCCACGCCUCACAAAGACGUCUCCAUCGCCAUGGAGGAGUCCAGACCUCUGCUGGAGGCUCAGUUCAUGUACAGCAUGUCUGCUGCUGUGGACAAAAUGGCUUCUGAUCCCACUUCCCACUUUAUGGCAGAGAAGGAAAAAGAGACGGUCGACUGGUGGAGUAAAUUCUACGCUUCGGUCGGAGACCAGGAGAAGUGUCGGCCUUACCUGAAGAAAGGAUACGACACCCUCAAAGUCUAUGACUGCGAGCUGGAAAACGUCCCAGAAUUCAAAGGGCUGACUGACUUCUGCAACACCUUCAAACUCCAGCGAGGAAAGAAUGAGAACGGGGACGACGACCCCACCGUGGUGGGAGAGUUCAAGGGUUCGUUCAAGGUGUACCCCUUACCGGACGACCCCGGCGUUGCCGCUCCGCCCCGUCAGUUCAGGGAGCUGCCGGACAGCGGCCCCCAGGAGUGCCUGGUCAGGGUCUACGUGGUCCGGGCGGUGGACCUGCAGCCCAAAGACAACAACGGCAAAUGUGAUCCGUAUAUCAAGAUCUCUCUGGGAAGAAACUCCAUCGAAGACCGAGACAAUCACAUUCCCAACACCAUCAACCCCGUGUUUGGAAGGAUGUUUGAGAUGACGUGUUUCCUGCCUCAGGACAAGGACCUGAAGAUCUCCGUGUACGACUACGACCUCCUGAGUCGAGACGAGAAGGUGGGCGAGACGGUGAUCGACCUGGAGAACCGCUUCCUGUCCCGAUACAACUCGUACUGCGGCCUGCCGCAGACCUACUGCACCUCCGGGGUCAACCAGUGGAGGGACCAGCUGAAGCCCUCCCAGCUGCUGGACAACCUGGCUCGCCUCAAAGGACUCUCCAAACCCAGGAGCGAAGACAACGGCACGUCGCUCACCUUCAACGGCAAAGAAUACACGCUGGCGGAGUUCGAGAGCAACAGAGAAGUUCACCAGCACUUGGGUCCGACCCACGAGCGUCUGUGUCUGCACGUGUUGAGAAAGCAGGGCCUGGUCCCGGAGCACGUCGAGACCAGGACCCUGUACAGCUCCUUCCAGCCCAAUCUCUCCCAGGGGAGGCUUCAGAUGUGGGUGGAUGUUUUCCCCAAAAGCAUCGGACUGCCUGGACCUCCGUUUGACAUAACGCCGCGCAAACCCAAGAAGUAUUUCCUGCGGGCUGUGAUCUGGAACACCACGGACGUGACUCUGGACGAGACGAGCAUCACUGGGGAGAGCAUGAGCGACAUCUACGUGAAGGGGUGGAUGCCCGGGAUGGAGGAGGACAAGCAGAAGACAGACGUCCACUACAGAUCUCUGGACGGAGACGGGAACUUCAACUGGAGGUUCGUCUUCGACUUCGACUACCUGCCAACCGAGCAGCUCUGCCUGGUGUCCAAGAAGGAACGCUUCUGGAGUCUCGACAAGACGGAGUUCAGGAUUCCUCCGAAGCUCAUCGUUCAGAUCUGGGAUAACGAUAAAUUCUCGCUGGAUGACUACCUCGGCUCCUUGGAGCUGGACCUGCGGAACCUGGUGGCUCCAGCCAAGACCCCAGAGAAGUGCUCCCUGGAAAUGAUGGAGGCAGACGCGGAGCUGGCGGCGGACAAGAAGGAAAACGCCAAGUCCCUGUUUGCUCAGCAGUCAGUCAGAGGCUGGUGGCCCUGCUGCAUCCAGCAGGACGGCCAGAAGGUGCUGGGGGGGAAGGUGGAGAUGACGCUGGAGAUCGUCAGCGAAGCAGCUGCAGACGAGAAGCCGGCGGGAAAAGGACGCGACGAACCCAACAUGAACCCCAAGCUGGACUUCCCCAAGCGGCCUGAAACAUCCUUUUUCUGGUUCACCAACCCCUGCAAGACCAUGAAGUUCAUCGUCUGGAGAAGGUACCGCUGCCUCUUCAUCGCCCUCAUCAUCCUCAUCGUCGUGGUUCUCUUCCUCGCCAUCCUGCUGUACUCACUACCGAACUACAUUUCAAUGAAGAUUGUGAAGCCGUUAGCGUAACUGUGUGGCGUGAAAGGAGCGAAACGUCGACCUGAUCAUGUUAACUGAGCACAAAUACUCCCAGACCCUUUCAGCUCCUGCUGCGUGUGUGUGUGUGUGUGUGUGUGUGUUUGUGUGUGUGUACUGUUUGCAUUUCGAUCAUGGGAAUGGGUGCUUGCUUGCUUGCACUUUAACAACAUAUGAACCACUUUGUGCACAAUAAAGAGCUGUGACGGAGUUUUGACCAACACACCGGACUGUGGGCUUCAAACCGCCAAGAGGAGCAAAUGCUUCUGAUUUUACUGGAAAUAAAUUCAACACAGAACGCAGAGUUAAAGGAUAACACACAAACACACACUACACCAACAUGUGGUCCUGGUGAGACGUUCAGUAAAUAAAUAUAAGUAUUUAGAGAACCUGACACAGCAGGUUAGUGAAGAAGCAUCAGAGACCACAGUGAUCUGAGGUUUAUAGUUGAUACAUGAUGUCCUGGUAUUUAUGCUGUAUGCAGUCCCAUUAUAAGGGUUUCCAUGGCGACCCCGGGGUGUUUUGCCACAUGCAACACACAAACGUUUUGAAAACGCAGCUGCAGAAGUCAGAAAAUAGAUUUAUUGCAUGUUUUAUUCCAAGUUAUGGUGCCAUUAAUCUGGGUAUUGAUACAUUUAUGAAGUGUAAAUUUGAAACAGACGAUCACGAGUAAACAUGUGAAAUGGUUUAACAUGACAAGAUGAGAAACUGUUUGAAUAAGUGAAGAAGUCCCAGUAAUGUAAUGUACAUCCAAAGAACGACAUGACCACCUGAAGAGAUCAUUUCAUUACCACAAAACAAAAAUAUUCCUUUCUCUGUAUUUUAUAAAUACUAAAACUCCUCUCUUAUCACAUUGCAGGGACGGAAGUCC